AUUAGCUAUUACACUGGGUACGCUAAUUUGUGCUUCCAAUCAAGGUACCCAACCAUCUGACCUCAAAUAUUACAAGAGCUCUCAGUUUUUUUUCCUUUCUUUUCUUUCUUUCCAUCAUACGGUAGGCGAGGGGAAGGGGUGGGAAGCAAUAAAUUCAGGGGGGAGGAAAUUCGUCAUUUUCACGAUGUUCGAUGGAAAAACUCCUUGCCAUACAUAGGACGUUACGUCUUUAUGCCUCCACAGCUAAGUUGGUUUCUACUAAAGUUAGCUGUAGCUGAACCCUAUCUGCAUCUCCAAGCGAAAACGCCGAACAAGCGGGUAGUCUACCACACUUCCAGCAUGGGCUGGCGCUUGUGUAUGGGCUGUCGGCGCUGAGAAAAAAAAAAAAGUUUAUGCUUCCUUUCGACGAGUAACGCAUACGGUACUCGAGUACACACCCUGCCUUUUUUUGCCUGCCUCGGAUUUCUUUUGUCCCUUCAGCCAAUCCAAUUUCUUCUGCAUUGGAUCUGGGAUAGUUUAUUGAUGGGCUGGCUUGUUCCCGUGGACUUUGGCAGCUUGCUCGACCACAUCGACCCACCGGUACUCGAGUACGGUAGAUCCUAAAGGAAAAGGGAAAAAAAAAAGGGAAAAAAAAAAACCCUUUCCCUCUCUCCAAACUUGUGCAGUACCGCACGCACCUGCUGCGCUUGGUACGCCCGGAGCCUCCCACCCCUCAAAAAAUGCUUGCACCGUAUGGGGUAACUAGUAUUGUUCGUGCGAGAAUUAGCUCCAUUGCCGGUCGGCUCAAGCUUGAGCCAUCCCUCCCCACCACCAACCAUUCACCCCCCCUGUCACAAGAUCGUUACCCCUUCAACUAGCUAGUCUAUGCCGCAAGGGCGAGGCUGGUGAGGAAUGGAUGAUGUGGUGGUGAGCCACCGCCUGGCGACAUACUAAAGAGUUUUGGAGGCACAAUUUGCCCCCAUUUGCUGUUAGCGGGAUCGUCAGGGCAGGCCUCACCUGGAAUAUAAAGGCCUCUUUAGUAUCCACUCUGGAUAGCUUUUUAUUUUAAAGCCAUUGACUCAGACCUUCAGACUACUAUUCCGCAGUUUAUAUAUUUAACCUUGCCCACCUACCACUACCUACUACCAUCCACCACCACCGGUACAAUUUGCUACUGCCUCGCUGCUGUUCUGCUUCUACUGUUACUACCCAUCUUAUAAAGCGAUCGAUACUUCCUACCUUACUGCUCAACUAGUAGCGUUUAAACAAAGCUUCUGCCUUCUCCCUCUACAACUACUACUACCACCACCACCUCCUCCACCAAAUAACUGCAAUGCCCUUCCAACUCACCGAAGGUACCCCCGUCCACGACGCCGGCUCCUACUACCACGCCGGCCGCGGCGGCGCAGGCAACUACCGCCGUCUCCCGAGCACUACCUCCCUCCCCGCAACUGUCGCGACAGCCCUCCCAGCCGCUACCACCCCUUCAAACCCCCGCGUCUUCUUUGGCGGCCGCGGCGGCGCCGGAAACAUCAAGCCCAAGUCCGAGCGAGCAAUGUUCUCCUUCGACGAGGAACUCGAACGAGACCGUCUCUUCCACGAGCACCACGCGCCCGUGUACUCCAUUGGCCGCGGCGGCGCUGGCAACAUCGUCCCCUCAGAGGCCAUUGCUACCAGGUCACACUAUAGCGUUAGCCCCGCUGGGUCCCCGGAUUCUACCCCGAGAUCUAGCACCAGCUCCCCCAGCUCGUCGCCCAGGUUUUCCUCGCACAGCUUGAGGAGUGGCGCAGAUAGGGUUUGGGGGAGCAUUGCUAGGGUUAGAUCUUCCUCUUAGAUUUGAAACUGCUAGAGUUGAAGAGGAGGGUUUUAAUAAUCGAAGAAAGAAAAAAGUUCAUGUUGGUGGGCUUUCUUUUAGUUUUGUUUUCUUGUUUUCUUUCUUUAUCUAAUGGGGAUUUGCUUGGAGUCUGGUGCAUGACUUGUGCACGGCGUUUAUAACUUUUUUUUCCCGCAUACUUCUUUCCUUUCUUUCCCCCCUUGUGUAGUUGUGGUUAAUAUGUUUCCGUUUGUCGAUUGGUAUCUUAAGGAAAACCGAAAAGAAAAAAACAAGGGAUAUUAGGAUCUGAACUGGACAUUUGGAGAUACGGGAUUUUUAUUUUUUUGCCUUACCCAAGUUUUAUUUCCUUGACACCCUUAUCCAUUCUAUCCGGUCCUUCGUCCUUGAAGGAUAAGGAAGGGGGUGGUUUGUUAGUAAGGAAGGGAUAAGGGACCUAUCUGCCACCAUACUGUACUUUACUGCCACGAGUUUCUCUCCUCCAUUCUCAUUACACUUUGUUUUUUUAUUCCUAUGUUUUGCCUUUCCUUGCUCUGAUAGUGUAAUUACAGUACAGCACAUUAACAAGUAUCAUAUCAUACAA